AUGGAAAAGUUCGAUGUUGAUACAAUGUUAUCGAAUUUGAUGGCUGUAGGAAUGUGCAAAGGAAGAUUAACUAAAGCGAUUUCUGAAGAGGAACUUAUCAAGCUGACAGUAGCAGCCAAAGCAGUAUUCAUGUCUCAGCCCAUCUUGUUGGAAGUUGAUGCUCCGAUUGUUCUUUGUGGAGAUAUUCAUGGACAGUAUUCCGAUUUAUUAAGAAUUUUUGACAAGAAUGGUUUUCCUCCGGAGCAGAACUACAUGUUUCUCGGCGAUUACGUGGACCGCGGAAGACAGAACAUAGAAACCAUUUGCUUAUUGUUUUGUCUCAAAAUCAAAUAUCCAAACAAUUUUUUUCUUCUUCGUGGCAACCAUGAGUCAGCCGCUGUUAAUAGAGUUUAUGGCUUUUACGAGGAGAUAGUUCGACGCUAUAAGAGUGUGAAGUUAUGGCAAUCUUUCCAAGAUGCGUUCUCUUGGAUGCCUUUGUGUGGUUUGAUUGCUGGAAGAGUGUUUUGUAUGCAUGGAGGACUCUCUCCUGAUUUGAAAAGUUUUGAAGAUGUCCGUAAGUUAGAGAGACCGAUUGUGCCUGUCAAUCCAUCCAUGGUUAUCGAUUUACUCUGGUCAGACCCUGAUGCUAAUGUGCAAGGUUGGGAGUCUAAUACAAGAGGUGUCUCGUAUGUCUUCGGAGAAGAUGUUGUCCAGGAAAUGUGUAAGAGUUUAAAUAUUGAUUUGAUAGUUAGAGCUCAUCAGGUUGUACAAGAUGGGUAUGAGUUUUUCGCCAAUCGCAAGCUGGUCACUGUUUUCUCAGCACCUAACUACUGCGGCCAGUUCGACAAUCAUGCAGCUUCAAUGAAGAGAAAUAGCUUUACUGUUUGCGAGACAUAUCACUGGAUAUCUGUGGAUGAAGAAGUUUACUUAACAGCUCUCAAUUGA